AUGUCAGACGAAGAGGUCGUCAUCGUCGCAUCCGCAAAGUCCAAGGGCAAAGCCAGAGCAAAGCAGCCUCGACUGACGCAAUACAAAGAGCCCUCGCCGGAUGUGCAAGACGAUAUCGAUGUUUCCAUCUUUGACCCUAAUCAGGACCGCGGCGUCGUCCGCAAGGUCAGACAGGAGUACAGAACCAUCCAAGAUGAGAUGAAAUCGCUCAAUAAAGAUGUCAAAGGCACGGCAGUCAGCUCCGUCAUGGCCUUGCUCGACCGAGCAGAGAACAACUUCAGCAGCGUCAAGCAGACCGGAGAAGCCGUCAUGGAUGCUGCCUUGCUCAACAGCAUGGGCCAGUACACCAUCCAGAAAGCGCGAGAGUUGAAGAUAGGCUCAGAGGCAUUCGAUUGUGAUGCCUAUGUCGACUGUCUAGCUCAGCUCAUCGGCCCCUCUACGACCAGCAACGGACGAAAGAGACGCAAGGUUGCUGCGGGAGCGAGUAGAGAACGCGCCAGGCUCGAGAGCGAGAACGAGUCGGACGAGUCAGACGGAGGGGAUCCGGUCGCGUCGCAAGUUGACGUUGCCGAUUCAUGGGACCGUAUUGGAGCCAUGGCACUUCAACACACAUCUCGUGUGCCGACCAUUGACUUUCUAUUGGGAGCGAUCGCCACAGAGCACAAGAAGCGGAUCGUCAAGCAGAGGACGCGUGAGACCAAGAUUGACGAAUCUGAACGUCAGAAGCCUCAAGAGCUGUCGAGCCGUGAUGUCAAGAGGACCAAGAACGAGACCGGCACAAAUGUCGAGCUGAUUGCUCAGCUCAUCAUGCGACGCCAAGCUGCAGGUCUACGUACAACCUACUGGGAGCUCGUCUGUCAUCCUGCCUCGUUCAAUCAGACAGUCGAAAACAUCUUCUAUGUCUCCUUUCUACUACGCGAUGGCAAAUUCAGUCUCGAUUACGACGAUGAUGAGCCCAACGAGCUCUACAUCAUGCAAUGCGAAGAAGCAACCGAUCAAGAUCGUGCGGACGGUGUUACGCGGAUACAACACGUCCUCGAGUGGGAUAUGAAUUUGUGGAAGAUGGCCAUCAAAGCAUAUGAUAUCCGCGAGCCGAUCAUUCCAACACGAUCCGCAGAGGUAGAGGAGAACACAAAAGAGGGCUGGCAUGUGUGA